AUGUCUGCCGAUAUCAAGCAGGAGCACGUCGCCCACGUCGCCAAUCCGGGCAUCGCGGUCGUCGCGGAGGGCACGGGCAAGACCGCUCACAACGCGGGAGCCAAGGAGAAGGAGGUCUACAACGCCGAACUGUUCGCUGCCAUCCAGGAGUCCCACAUUCAGAAAUGGAGCAAGGAGAGUAUCAAGCUGUACCUCUGUGUCUUCAUUGCCUUUUGCUGCGCCUGCGCCAACGGUUAUGAUGGUUCCUUGAUUGGCGCCAUCACGGUCAUGCCUCACUUCCAGUCCACCAUGGGCAGCCGAGACGCCGGCUGGCAGGUCUCGGUCAUCUCUUCUCUCUACUCUGUCGGAUCCAUCGUCUCUACUCCUUUCGCCGCCCUUGUGAGUGACAAAUGGGGUCGUCGCGCCGGCAUGACCUUUGGCGCAGUCAUCAUCAUCCUCGGUAGCGUCAUUUCCGCCAGUUCGUUCAGCCUCGCGCAGGUCACCGUCGGCCGAUUCGUUCUCGGUUCCGGCAUUCAGUUCAUGACAGUGGCUGCCCCUGCCUACUCGAUGGAGGUGGCUCCUCCCCAAUGGCGUGGUCGUGCCACCGGCUUCUACAACUGCGGCUGGUUUGGAGGUGCCAUCCCCGCUGCCCUCGUCACCUUUGGCACCGCGUACAUCGACAACACCUGGUCGUGGCGCAUCCCUUUUAUCGGCCAGUGCUUCGCCUGCAUCAUCGUCCUGUGCUCUGUCUGGUUCCUCCCCGAGUCCCCCCGUUACCUCUUCUCCCAGGGCCGCGAGCAGGAAGCCAUUGCCUUCCUCACCAAGUACCACGGCGGCGGCAACCCCGAGGCUCGUCUCGUCCAGCUUCAGAUCGAGGAAAUCCGCGCCAGUGUCUUGGAGGAUCUCGAGGACCGCCGCAUCCCCUGGUGGGACUUCCGCGUGCUCUUCAACACGCGCGAGGCCCGCUGGCGUACGGCCCAGGUGGCCAUGAUGGGCAUCUUUGGUCAAUUCUCCGGCAACGGCCUGGGCUACUUCAACCCCCUCAUCUUCAGCCAGAUCGGUGUCGAGACCACCGCUGAGCAGCUCGGCUUCAACAUCCUCGGUCAGUGCCUGCAGGCCCUCGGUGCCGGAACCGCUGUGUCCCUGACCGACCGCAUGCCCCGGCGCAAGGUCCUGGUCAUCGGUACUUUCAUCUGCGCCGUCAUGCUCGCCAUCAACGGUGCCACCAGCCACGAGUUCCACAAGACAGACUCCAAGAGCAUUGGCCAGGCCGCGCUUGCCUUUUACUUCCUCUUCAACAUCGUCUACUCCUUCACCUACACCCCGCUGCAAGGUGUCGUCCCCGUCGAGGCCCUCGACAACCGCCGCCGCGCCAAGGGUCUCGCCUUUUAUGGAUUCCUCACUGGUUGCUUUGGCUUCAUCAACACCUACUGCACCCCCGAGGCGUACGAUUCCAUCUCCUACAACUACAUCUGGGUCUUUGUUGGCUGGGAUUGCAUCGAAACCCUCUGUUGGUACUUCUUCGGUGUCGAGGCUCAAGGCCGUACCCUCGAGGAGCUCGACUGGGUCUACCAGCAGCCCUACCCCGUCAAGGCCUCCAAGAAGGUCGACAAGGUCAUCCAGCAGGCCGACGGAACCGUCACCGAAAAGGUCGUCGACCACAGCGACGCUUAA